CUUUGUCAACACCCGAACAUCUAAAAAACGAAGAGACAGGAAAGUUUUCCAACACGAAAAUCAAACAUUUCCACUAAGAAUUCGCGGAAAAUUGUAGUUUAUUAAUGUGUGGCAGUGCGUGUUUGUGUGUUAAUUAGUGAGAAAUAAUGUCCUCCCUGUCUGCAAGUGCAGAAAAUCUAACAGACACCCAGGGCAACGAUGGCUCUUCAAUGUGUCUGGAGUUGGCGCUCGAGGGGGAGCGCCUGUGCAAGAGCGGAGACUGCCGUGCUGGAGUUGCAUUUUUUCAGGCUGCCAUUCAGGCGGGAACUGAUGAUCUCCGGAUUCUGAGUGCCAUCUACAGCCAAUUGGGCAACGCCUACUUCUACCUGGGUGACUACUCAAAAGCCAUGGACUUCCACAAGCUAGACCUCACGCUGGCACGUUCAAUGAAUGACAAAUUGGGCGAGGCAAAGUCUUCCGGGAAUUUGGGGAACACCCUCAAGGUGAUGGGGAAGUUCGACGAGGCAGCUAUUUGCUGCGAGAGGCAUCUCACACUUGCCCGGCAGCUGGGGGAUCGUCUCAGUGAGAGCCGAGCAUUGUACAAUCUCGGCAAUGUCUACCAUUCCAAGGGGAAGCACAUGGGGCAACGAGAUCCCGGAGAUUUCUCAGACGACGUCAAGGAAGCCCUCAUGAAGGCCGUUGGAUAUUAUCAGCAAAACCUAACUCUGAUGCGUCAGAUCGGUGAUCGUGGUGCUCAGGGACGGGCCUGCGGCAAUCUCGGCAAUACUUACUAUCUCCUCGGGGAUUUUCAAGCAGCAAUCGUCCAUCACCAGGAACGACUCAGUAUUGCACGUGAGUUCGGCGAUAAGGCAGCCGAACGACGUGCCAACAGCAACCUGGGUAAUUCUCACAUCUUCCUCGGGCAAUUUGAGUUGGCGGCAGAGAACUACAAGAGAACUCUGUCGCUGGCCAUUGAGCUGGGGGAGAGAGCAGUUGAGGCGCAGGCAUGCUACAGCCUCGGCAACACCUAUACCCUCCUCAAGGAUUUUGCGCUCGCCAUUGAAUACCAUCAGCGGCAUUUGGCCAUUGCCCAGGAGUUGGGGGAUAAGGUGGGUGAGGCCAGAGCCUGCUGGAGUCUCGGUAAUGCAUACUCAGCCAUUGGAAACUACGAGAAAGCCCUCCACUAUGCACAAUCACACUACAGCUUAGCCACAGAGCUGGGAGAUCCAGUUGGUGAAUCCACAGCACGAAUGAAUAUUACGGACUUGCGGAAGGUGCUGGGAUUGCCGGAGAUAACACCCACGGAUUUCGAUGCCAUCUCAUCGGAUAGUCAACGUUCCAAAUCGUCACCAGAUGAGCAGGAGACAACACAGACUGUCCGUCAAUAUCGGGUACGAAGGCAAAGCAUGGAACAAUUGGAUUUGCUUAAGGUUUUCUUUUGUUUUAUUUUCUUUUUAUUUUUUCGGGGAGUUUUUUGGGGGUUUUCUUGGCUUGCUUUUGGGGGAGGAGUUUGUGGGAGAAGUUUAGUUAAUUUUGAAAUGUUUUUUCGGGGGUUUCAGCUUACACCGGAUGGGAAGAAAGUGGAGCAUCAUGCAAAGGGGUCAGAUGGUGGGGCUAUAAUGCAGGAGGAUGACUUCUUUGAGCUUCUCACGAAUUCUCAGAGUAAACGAAUGGACGAUCAGCGGUGUUCGCUGAAGGUGGGUGGGGCUGUUGUGGGGGAGGGAGCUGUAAGGAAGCCCCUUGUGGCACAGAAUAGGAAUGCCCCACCGGCUGGUGCGAAGGAGAACAGGAAUGCUCUGUUGGAGAUGAUUGCGGAUUUGCAGUCGGAACGAAUGGAUGAGCAGAGGGCCACGUUGCCGGGGCUGGUGAAUCGCGGGGGUGUUGUGCUGAAGGGGCAGACAAAUCCAACGGGUCCAGCUCCGGAUGAUGCAUUCCUGGACAUGCUGAUGCGCUGUCAGGGCUCGAGGUUGGAGGAGCAGCGAUCAGAGCUGCCGCGGCCGGGAGAUGUGCUCGAUGACGCCGAGGGGGGCAGCACACGCAGGGGAAGAUCGAAUAUUGGCGCCACUGUACCUGAUGAGGAUUUCUUCUCGCUGAUCUCCCGCGUUCAGGGUGGCCGAAUGGAGGAUCAGCGUGCUGCCGUGCCACUCGGUGUGUCCAGGCGUCUUGCGAUGCCCAACAAUGUCCACGUUCCACCACCAAAUACCACCACAAAGGAGCCAGGAAAGAAAAACUAAAAGAAAAUUAUAAAAGAAUUUUACCAUUUUACUGUCCAUCCCCCCACCACCCUAAAAUCAUCAUCCAACACUGAGUAGAUCCUUAAGAAGAUGCGGUGCAAAGGCCAAAAUGUCAGCACCAAACUCACAAGCAUCACACCCCCAUGAGGAAUACUCCCAGGAAACUUUUUUUUUUUAAUUAGAAAAAUAAUUCAAUUUACUCAAGAGUAGAAGUUUUGUUUUUUAAGAGAAAGAAAAUGAAGCAUUUAUUAGUCAAAAAAAAGAAACUUUGUCCUUUUUUUUUAGCAAAGAAAUACUGUUUUAUAUUAUUAAAAAAAACAAUCAUCAUUCUCUCAAUCAACCCCCUCUUUUUUAUACAUCCCCAUUUACAAAGGAAUAAUAAGAAACAUUCUAUAUUUUAUAUUUUACACAAACAUCGAUUUUAUUUUGUGUGUAGUAGGAAAAAAAAAUGGAGAAAAAAACCUUCUCAAGAAGCCAAAGGAUAAAUAGAGAAUUUCUGAAGGAUGUAGGAGUGUAGUGAGGAGAAAAAAAUUAUCAUAUCUAUUUCUUCGAUUUGCAUGAAAAGAAAAAAGUUGUCAAGUUUUGAAUUUAAGAGAAAAAAAAUGUGAAAAGUUAAUGAAAAGAGAAUUUUAGUGAAGAAAAAUGUAAAAUUGACUUCAGUGCAGUCUCUCCGCGAGGAAUGUCUGUGUUUCAUCUGAAAUUUCACUUUUAAGACAAAUAAAAUCGCUAUAAAUUUUAUCUAAAUAAA